UACAUCGUGGCGUAUGUGAAGCAGGCAGUCGUAGAAUUUCUCGCGCGGUGUGUGCAACUCCCUGCCAGAUAAUUUAUCAAGUUAACCGUUUCUAAUUAAAUAGAAACUUUAACAACGAUUAGCAUUAGUGCAAUAAUAUAAUUAGAAAUCGUGUGCUUCUCUCAUCACUAAAACUAAUCUAAGUCAAGUAUUAAAACUUUUUAUCAAUCCGUAGCAAAGAUUGCUAACGAUCAACAACUAUAAUCAAAAACAAUAUUCUUGUGAAUUUUGGAAAUUCCUGUAAUGAUGGAGCCGUCUACUUUACUUCUGACUAUUCUGACAGCGAGUAUUUGCUUAUACUAUUUUGUGUUAAGCAAGUUAACUUACUUCGAGCGACUAAAGGUCCCAUACGUGCAACCUGUGCCAUUGUUAGGCAACAUGGCACCUUUUGUUUUUGGACGUAUAGGCCAUGUCGAACUCAUACAAAAAUUAUACAAUCUCUUCCCAAACGCAAAGUACUUUGGCCUCUACGAUUUUUUAACGCCUAUCUUCGUUAUUCGUGAUCCGGAACUAAUUUCUGAGAUUGCUAUUAAACAAUUCGACAACUUCUGCGAUCACCGUGGCUUUGUGAAUAAAACUCUUGAUCCAAUAGCUGGCAAGAAUUUAUUUAACUUACAAGGAGAUCAUUGGCGCGAGAUGCGAAAGCUUCUUAGCCCUAGUUUUACAUCCAGCAAGAUGAAGAUGAUGUUUGAACUUAUGAGUCAGUGCGCCGAAAACUUUGCCAAUUUUGUGGCAACAGAAUCUGGAAUAACUGGUAAGACACACAAUAUGAAAGAUGUACUUUGCAGAUAUGCCAACGAUACAGUGGCCACGUGCGCAUUCGGUAUCAGCGUGGAUUCUUUCAAAAAUCCGAACAACGAAUUUUUCGUGCUUGGCAAAAAAGCAAUGGUUUUUAAUGCCUGGAUAUCUUUCAAGUUUUUCAUGCAUAGAAAUUUUCCGCUACUUUCAAAUCUCAUCAAACUGAGAAUGUUUGGCCCAAAAAUAGAAAAUUUUUUCAAAGAUAUCGUUGCCAGUACUGUGAAGGUCAGGGAUGAACAGAGAAUUGUUCGCCCGGACAUGAUUCAGUUGAUGAUGGAGACCAGAAACAAAAAUAGCGGACCUGAGUUCGACAUCGACGAAAUGACCGCCCAAGCUUUUGUUUUCUUUCUCGCCGGAUUCGAUUCUGUAUCAACAGCUAUGUGUUUUAUGACUCACGAAAUUGCUGUCAAUCCUGAUGUUCAGAGUAAAUUGAAAGAGGAAAUCAACAGUGUUCUUGUACAGACCAAUGGCAAACCUACCUACGAAACCAUUAAUCGCAUGAAAUAUUUGGAUGCCGUAGUAAACGAAACUCUUAGACUGUAUCCAAUAGCAUCUUUUCUUGAUAGAAUAUGCAUCAAGGAGACCGAAUUGCCACCAGCGACUCCGAAUAGUGAACCAAUCAGAAUAAAGCCUGGAGAUAGCAUAUGGUUCUCUAGUUUCUCUCUGCAUCAUGAUCCAAAAUAUUACCCGCAUCCAGAUAAAUUCAAUCCAGAAAGAUUCCUCGACGGCAGUGUGGACAAUUCAGUCUACAUACCAUUCGGCAUCGGUCCUAGAAUCUGCAUUGGCAAUAGGUUCGCCCUAAUGGAAGCAAAAGUGAUGUUGUUCUAUCUGCUUUGGCGUUGCGAUCUUGAACCCGACGUUAAAACCAAAGUGCCUCUUGCAUUGGACAAGAAAACAAUCACUAUGACGGCAGAGAAAGGCUUUUGGUUGAAGAUACGUGCGAAAAAUUUAAACACUCCUGUCAUGCAAUGUUUAUCACACGGACAAAGUUGAAGAAUAGUGAUUUAUUUGAACUAUGAAAUUAUACACUUAAAAUUAAGUAACUUAGAAUUUAGCUUUUUUCUCAAUUAAAUAAUAGAAAUUAAAAAAUUUUAUUUUAUAAUUACAAAUUUAUAUUAAAUAUUUUUAAGGUAAUACAUCUAGAAAAGAAUAAUUUUAAUUAGAAUGUGGUACAAAAUUGUGCAAUAUAAAAUUAAUUUGAUGUUAUAUUGUUUAAUCCGGUAAACUGAAUUAAAAAUGUAGUAUAAAAGCUUUAUUCAAUUAUUGAAUGUUUUUGAUGCAAUUGUAUGUAUUUUGGAAAUGAUCAUGUGUAAAGUACACUAGAAAAGAGUAAAUAUACCCAUGUUGAAAGAUAGCCCCGAAUACCUUGACGUAUAUUAUCAAGAUUAUCCUCCUGGGUAAGCUUCAAAAGGUUUUAACCAUCGCUUGUAAUUCAUCAAAAAGUUAUAAUCAAGAUUAAUUUCAUAAAUAAGAUGUAUAUUAAAAAAAAAAAAA